UAUCAUCGUCAAACAAAAAAUGUCAUCAACUUUACCUGUUGCACAAUGUGCUAUUCCUAGCAUCGGAGUUGUGAACUCAUUCGUAUCAAGUUUGAUACAAGCGAUUCUAGUAGCACAGUGUGGAAUUUCACGUCCGGAAUAUUGGCCACCAGAUCAUGCAGAUGAAACACAUCAUCACGGUGUGAAUAAAUAUGAUUAUGUGAUUAUUGGUGCUGGUAGUGCAGGAUCUGUACUUGCAAGUCGUUUAAGUGAAAAUCCUAAAAGGGAAGUAUUGGUGAUAGAAGCAGGAGGGGAUCCACCACAAGAAUCGCAGAUUCCAAGUUUAUUUUUCACGUUAAGUCUUUCAAAUUAUUCAUGGAGUUAUUAUACCGAACCAGGUGACCAUGCAUGUUGGGCAUGUAGAAAUCGGCGUUGUCAUUGGCCACGUGGUAAAAUGAUUGGUGGCACUGGAGGGAUGAAUGCUAUGAUAUACGUACGUGGAAAUAAACAUGAUUAUGACGAUUGGCGGCGAAAGGGCAAUAUCGGUUGGGGUUGGUCAGAUGUAUUGCCGUAUUUUGAAAAAUCUGUUCGACCAGUUGGUAAUGACACACAUCCACAAGGCUAUGUAAUUUUAAACAAGUUCGAUACAUUUGAUGAUGAUAUUCGACAAAUAAUUCGAUCUGGUGUUGCUGAACUUGGUAUACCAACAAGUCGUGACGAGAUUAAAAAUAGUGCCGUUGGCUAUACAGAUAUGUAUGGUACUGUCCAGAAUGGACAUCGUAUGAGUACAGGUAAAGUACAUUUGGGAAAAGUUUCAGAUCGUCGUAAUUUACAUGUAUUUAAGAAUUCUCUGGUUACAAAAUUGAACUUUGAUAAAACCGGCAGAUAUGUGGAAUCAAUAUCAGUUUUAAUGCACGGAAAAAAAACUAUAACUGUACGUGCUAAAAAAGAAUUUAUCCUUUCUGCUGGUGCUAUUAAUUCACCUCAUCUUUUGAUGUUGUCAGGAGUUGGUCCUAAAGAUGAUCUGCGAAGAUUAAGAAUCCCAGUUAUACAUGAUUUACCUGUUGGCAAAAACUUACAAGAUCAUGUAAUGGUGCCUGUUUUUUAUCAGAUACAAAGAAAUAAAGCAAUACCUAUAAAGGAAAAAGAUACAUUGAAUAAUAUUUACCAAUAUUUAAUGUACUCUAGUGGACCUUUGGGCAGUCAUGGUAUUUCAUCAUAUACUGGGUUUAUUAACACUAAGUCGAAUGAUAGAGCUACUCCUGAUGUGCAAACUCAUCAUGUACUAAUACUACGUAUGGAUCACAAUAAUUUAAAAGUAGUACUUGAUUCUUUAGCUCUUAAUGACGACAUUCAACAGUAUUUGCAUAAAAUGCUCAACUCUUCACAUAUACUGCUUGUGUUCACUGUUAUUUUGCUUCCAAAAUCAGUUGGUCAAAUAAAAUUGCGGAGCCCAUACUUCAAGGAUUACCCAGAAAUCUAUCCAAACUAUUUAGAUGACGAAGACGAUAUAGAAACAAUGUUACGUGCCAUGAGGCAUCACAUGAAUCUUGAAAAAACUAAUGCAUAUAAGAAAAACGAUAUGGAAAUUGUACAUAUACCGAUUAAGGAAUGCGAUAAUUAUGUGUUCAAAUCAAAGGCGUACUGGCUCUGUUAUUUUAAAUAUUUUGCCCUAACUCUUUACCAUCCCAUAGGAACUGUGAAAAUGGGCGCUGAUGAAGAUGCUUGUGUGGACUCACACUUACGUUUGCGUGGAGUGGAGAACCUGCGUGUCGUGGAUGCAUCUAUAAUGCCGAAAAUACCCAGUGGAAAUGUUAACGCUCCCACAAUUAUGAUUGCAGAGCGAGGUGCAGAUUUUAUCAAAGAACACUGGUCUAAAAUGUGUGGAAAGUAGGACUGUAAAGUGCGUUAAGAUAACUCCAAAGUAAAUAAAUUUUUGUUUUUCUUGUUCAAAGAUAGAUCUUCAAA